AUGUUGAGUAUCUUACGCCCCCAAUUACUUAAGACCACCAGAAGAUUUGGUGGCAGAUGGAUCCAUUCAUGUGCUCCACUUUUGAAUUCUUCUGUCCAUAGAAUCAACACUCAAUCUGAAGUGUACAAAUACUCUAAGGAAGGCCCUCUUCAUGUUAAGUUCACCAAUGAACACGAAUGGCUUGCUGUUUUCGGGGAUAACACUGCAUUUAUUGGUAUCACUAGCUACGCAUCAGAAGCUUUGGGAGAUGCUACUUACAUUGAAUUACCAGAACUUGGUGCUCGUUACGAAAGAGGUGAUCUGAUUGGUAGUGUUGAAAGUGUCAAGAGUGCUAGUGAAAUCUACACUCCAGUUACAGGUGAGGUUAUCUACGUUAACAAGAACUUGGAACUGAAGCCACAAAUCAUCAACGAAGACCCUAUGGGAGCUGGUUGGAUUGCUCAAAUCAAAUUAGAAGAUGUGAAGGAAUUAGAAGCUGAUGAGUUGAUGAGUGAAACCGACUAUGAAAGCUCCUUGCAAGACCUUGAAGAUUCUCAUUAA